CUGGGCUGAGCGCGGCGACGCAGCGGCCCCGGACUUCCCGUGGAUCCUGAGGCGUAUGGAACCUCAAGGUCUCUGUCACAAUGGAAACCAAAAAAUUGAUUGGUAAAACGCUUCAACCAGCAAGGCCUGUUCGUCAUCUGGCUUCUCCACCAGGAGCAGUGUUCCCUUUCAACUUUCAAAGUGAAUAUCCAUGCAACACUCAGUGCUUACAAAGUGGAGUUAGCAGAUGUAAGACGAAUGGAAUACAAACCUUUUCUCAAGGUCUUAAUGAACAACAGCAACAUCAGUCUCCAGUUAAAAAAGAGAGAAUUAAAUACAGCAGAGAUUUCCUGUUGAAGCUUUCAAGUGUUUCCAUCUGCAGAAAAAAGCCAGACUUUCUGCCUGAUCACCCCAUUGUACUUCAAAAACCAGAAAACAACCAGAGUUUUAAGUAGCAUUUUAAGAACAGAUGGAUUUGGAGAUAAAGAAUUAUUCGUUUUUUAUUUUGGACACCUGCAAUGAAGUGGAUCUAGUAAUAAUAACUGUAAUGGACUGUGACAAUUCAAUUUAUUUUUAAUUUCAAUGUUUGGCUAUUUGGCUUCUCCUAAAACAAGAAAAAGAUGUUUUAAAUUAUAACGAAUUUUCUAAUCAGUUUCAGCUUUGCAGGCAGUUUCCUGCAUAAAUUUGAAAGUAAUACUGGAAAGUAGGAAUUUGGUUAGUGGAAUGGGAAGACUAUUUAUAAUUUGCAUGCUACUUGCAUUUUUUUUUGUUUUUCAUCAUUGUAAUAAUGGAAUUGACAUGUAAGCUGUAAAAAUUCUCAAAUAUAAAGUAUUUGCUACGGUAUACGUAUGGUACAUAAUUUCUUGUUGCUUUUAAGUUUUUUGUUUCCCACUGAUUUCAUACCAGCUCUUGAAGAGAUUAUUACAGUCUCCCAGAUACUUAGAACAACUCAGAAUGUUCAAUGCAUGGUUUUUAGUAACAAGAGGGAGAAAUUUUUUAAUAGGCCAUUUUUUUUCUCAAAUAUAGGAUCGGUCUGUAAGUUUUUAAUAAUUUUCUCAGUUUUAUAAUUACUAGUAUAAAUUGAGAUUUGGAAACAGUGAUAGUAAAUGAAAUGAAACUGAAGUUGAAAAAUAGCUGCUACUUAUGUCACUAAUUAAUCAAGGUAUAAGUUUCAAUUCUAUAAUUCCUUAUAAGACAUAGAAUGAAGAAUUUUUGGCUUUAAACUUUUAAUUCCUAGAAAUUUCAUACAAUAAAUCUGUAGUUCAUCACUCUGGAUGUCACUAUUGUUAAAAAAAAAAAGUGUUUUCCAGCACAAUGUCAAAAAAUUGCUAACAUAAAGGUAAGUGUAAAUGCUCCUUGUUGCUAUUCUCUCAGAUCUCUGUUUUUUGACAAGGUGUUCAAGGCCUUCAUUUGGCAGGAAGCUUAUCUUUUGCUGAAUUGUAAACUCUGAAAACCAGUAUCUUUUCUUCAUAGGUUUUUGGGCUUUAUACCCGAGUUCAAGUUUCUAGUCCAUGGUAGAUUUUCCAUCUUGGUAUUCUAGUACCACCUUUUGCAUAAUAGUGUUUCCCAGAAAAAGCUGGAUUAUUUUUUUAAGAGAGAAAAAAACUACUUUCUUAAUCAUAAAUUUAUUCCAUACUUUAAAAUGAGAUACUUGACUUAGGGUCCACUUGUAUCAAUUAUUAUUUGUCCUAUUUCUUCUUACACUAUAAGUUUGUGUGUGUGUGUGUGUAUGUGUGUUUAUGUAUGUAGACAUAGAUAAGAGAUAUUUAUAUGCUAUAGCUAUAUCUAUCCCUGAGAGCACACCCUUUUAAAGGCAUGGUACUAUGUUACUUCAAACACUGCCUAGUACCCAAAACAUUUUAUAUAUUUUUUUGAAUUGGGUACUGAAAUGGACCAUCCAAAGCAAUAUUUUGAUUAGCUAUCAUUUACAUUUUAAAACCAUUUGUAAACAAUCCUUUUAAGGAGAAUGUGUAUGUCAAAAGUCCCUUCAAAGUUUUUUAUCCUUUCUUACUAUAUAUAAUCAGAGUAAUCAAAGUAAUAGGUGGGUGCUGAACUACCACAUGGCCAAUGUGGUUCGUGUCUCAGACUUGGCAGCUUCCUU